AUGGAGCCUCUAGUUGGAAACAAGUUUUGUAUUGGUCGAAAAAUAUGUGGCGCAUCCUUUGGAGAGAUCUAUCUCGAAAUAGUAAUAAUCAGGAGGGGCAGCUGCGGUGGCAAAGGGGAAGAGAAGGGCGGGGGAGGAACCAAUGGACAAGGCCACUCUUCAGAAGCCGAGACACAUGAUCAAGAGUCUGUUGCUAGGUCCAGGGAACGCAAACAGCUUCUUGAGUUUGUCAUUCCAGUAUCCAGUUGUGAAAAUUGGUACAGAAGAUCAAUCUUUUUUAUUGACUCUGUUAUGCUUUUGGAAAUGGAUCUGAGCUUCUCUUGUACAGUUGCUAAAAUUUCAGGAACAUCUGCUCUUCAAAUUGCACUCUGCAAAGAAAUGGUACAAUGGACUCGUGUUGAGAAGCGUACGUUCUUGAGGCAGAGAGUUGAGGCAAGACUUGCAGUACUUCUAAUGGAAAAUAAGGAGUUUUCAGAAGUUUUGACUUUACUCUCCAACUUGAUCAAAGAGGUUAGAAGAUUAGAUGACAAGCUUCUACUUGUAGACAUAGACUUGCUAGAAAGCAAACUACACUUCUCAUUAAGGAACCUUCCAAAAGCAAAAAAUGCACUCACAGCAGCAAGAACAGCUGCAAAUGCUAUUUAUGUGCCGCCGACAUAG